AUGUUAGGAACAGUAUUAGGAUUAUAAUACUAAAAAGUAUUCAGUUAUAAUGGUAAAUAUGCUCAUGGUAGAUAAUUAAUAAAUAAAAGUCAGUGAUAUCAUCGGAAUGUAAUGCAAAAUCUAUAGAAGAUGUUCCAAGACUAUAUAAUAUAAUUGAUUAGUAAUAUCAAUUUGAAUGGUUGAUGACAUGUUCUGAUAAUAGUUAAUGUUCUGCCAAAGUUUAAUUUAGUGAUGAAGGAACGAGUGUUUGCUGUUGUGAAAGCAAAAAAUUAGUGAUAUUAAUUAUAUUAUAUUUUCUAAUCAAUUGAUGUAAGAUAAGCCAAAUCAAUAAUAAGACAAUGUACAAAAUACAAUAAAGUCUUUAUAAGAUAAGAUUUAGAAUAUAGAAAAUUUAAUAGAGAGAGGAAGUGAUUGUAUAAUCAUAUAGUAUGGAUCACAUAGUAUAAAAAUGAAUAAAGCGAGUGGUAAAAAGUGUGUUAAUUUAAUUUAGAGAUGCUACCAAAGAAGUUUAGAAAUUUGAUAGGUUAUAAAGUGCAAUCACAAGCAAAACAAUUUUAAUAGACUGAUCUUACAGUGAUUGAUGAAAGUCUUUUAUUAUUAGAAUAGAAGCUUAUUUAAAAAGGUGCUCUUAAAGCAUUACCAAAAAGUAUGCGUGGAAAACCAAGAGCUAAAAUUGAAGUAGAUUUAAGAAACAUUAGAGGAUUCUUAGGAAAGAAAGAAUAAAAAUAACCAUAAUGCUCACUUGCUUAAAUGAUUGAGGAUAAAUCUGUAGUUUUUGAAGAUGACAUAUUUACAGGUGAAUAUUUAGUUAGAUAACCAAUAAAACAUGGAUUUUUUAAUUUAUCAGAGAAUUAUAACAUGUAAGAUGUGAUUGAAGAUUUAUACAAAUUAACAUUAUAUGGAUUAAAUUGCAAAUUGGAAGUAAAAAACAUUUCUGAUUACUAUUGUAUAUUAGUAAUUCCUGAUAUCUUUUAAAGAGUUUAAAUAAAAAUGUUAGUAGAUAUGUUAAUUAGAUAAAUGGGAUUCAAAGGAAUUUAUUUACAUUUAGAAUCUGUUUUAGCUAGUUUUGGAGCCAAUCUAUAAUAAUGUUGUGUUGUAGAUAUAGGAUAUGAAAAAAUUAAUAUUACUUGUGUAGAUGAUGGAGUAAUAUUACCAGGUACUUAUGUUAGAAAGAAUUUUGGAAGUAAAGAUAUUGAUUUAGUAUUAAUGAGAUAAGUGACAAAAAGAAAUGCUUGUGAUUAAACAGUUUAAUUAUAAAGUAAUAAUUAUGGAGAUUUACUCUAAAUGGAAAAACUUAAAGAGAAAGCUUGUUAAUUAACAUAAAAAGAGGAUAAACUUAAUUAUAAUUAUGAAUUACAUUGUUUAAGAAAUUAAAAGGAAAAGAGAUUCUUUGUAUAACAUAAUGAUGGAUUAUACAUUUCUGCUAAUACAUUGUUUGAAUCAGAACCAUUUAAUGAAAUUAGAAAGUAGGAUAUGAAUGAAUGUUUUGAUUUUACAGGACGUUUGUUUGAAAUGUAAUAUGAUCCAGAAGAUAAUUUUGAAGAGUUAAGUGGAGGAAUUUAAUUAUGUUGGUAUUGGGGUUCAAAAGAAAAAGAAUAACAAUAUUUUACAGAAGGUAAUUAAAUGUUGAAUCCUAACUAUAUGAUACCACUUGAUCAUAUGAUUGCUUAUUCUAUUGCUUAAGUAUAAGAUCCAGAAAUCAGAUAAAAAUUAGCUAAUAAUAUUUUAUUCGCUGGUGGAGGUGCCUAUCUAAUUGAUCUUGUAGAUGAAGUAGAAGCAUUGCUCAUUGAAAAAUUUUAAGUUAUGGAAUUGAAUGAAAUUGAAAGAGUUGAAGUUAAAACUAUUAUUAGGGAUGUUAGACCUAUUAAUAUAGCCUGGGUUGGAGCAACUGUUUUACCUAAAACUGAAUCUGUUAAUGAAUUAUGGAUUACUGCUUAAAGAUGGUUGGGUAAUUUAGAACCUCAAAAAGAUGAAUUAGAAGAUAUGAUUAAUUAAUUUGAUGGAGAUGUUUAACAAUUAGAAAAGAAACUUAUAGCUUUUGCAAAAAAAGAUAAAGAAAAAGAUCGUAGUUGUGAAUAUGGAAUUAAACAUUUAAAAGAAAAGAUUCCAUUUAUUUGGUGA